AUGCAACGAAAAGCUGAGGAUUUUGCUAAAGAGCUUGGCCAUGAAGAUAAUUUUAAAGGCAGUAACGGAUGGCUAGAAAGUUUUAAAAAUAGGCACGGUAUUAUUUUUAGAAAGCUUUGUGGUGAAAGAGCAUCUGUUCCGGAAAGUGUAUGCGAAGACUGGAUUAAAAACAUUCCUGAUUUAGUGAAAGGCUAUGAGCCAAAAAAUAUUUUCAAUGCUGACGAGACAGGACUGUUUUAUCAAUGUUUGCCGGACAAAACUGCUAUGUUUAAAGAUGAAGCAUGCAGGGGAGGAAAACAAAGUAAAGCUCGUUUGACAUUGCUCUUAGCUGCAAAUGAAGCAGGCACAGAGAAACUUCCUCCUCUCAUGAUCGGACGCUCAGAAAAGCCUAGAUGCUUUUCUAAAGUAAAAUCCUUCCCUUUUCCAUACAAAGCAAAUAAAAUAUCUUGGAUGACGAGUGAAAUCUUUGGAAAUUGGUUAAAGUCCUUAGACAAAUCCAUGCGAUUAAAAAAAAGAAAAAUUAUUCUUUUUAUAGACAACUGUAGUGCGCAUAACAAUCUGCCUGAACUGAAAAAUGUUUGUGUUAAGUAUUUUCCCGCAAACACCACCUCAAAGCUUCAACCUAUGGAUCAGGGAGUAAUCAGAAGUUUUAAAGUUAACUACAGAAAACAGUUGAUCCGCAAACUCGUAGAUGCAAUUGAUGAAGGAAGUACCCUUCCCAAGAUAAAUGUACUGGAUUCUAUCAGAAUGACAGACCACGCAUGGAGAAAUGUAACACAGAAGACCAUUCAAAAUGGUUUUAAAAAAGCUGGGUUUAAGAAUGAGCGUGAAGAAGAGAUGGGGAUUAUUGAAGAAGAGACUGAAAUUUCCGAAAAGGAAGCUGAGGAAACUUAUAUCCCUGAUGAAGAAAUGAUCGAAAUAAAUUCACAAGAUUGGAAUGCAAUAAAAUCUGGAUUAAAAGUGAACAUUUCCUUUGAAGAAUUUUUGCAAGUGGAUGACUCCUUGGCCACAUGUGGAACUUUGACAGAUUCGGAAAUUGUCGAUAAUGUCAGAUGCAUUUCCGAAGACGAAAAUGAAGUAGACGAAGAGCAUAUAGAAGCACCGAAAGUGACAGUAAAGGAAGCUGAAAAAGCUGUGGAACGUUUAACAAACUUUCUUGAAUGUCAAGAAAACGUUGGACACGAGGGGUUCGCUGCUCUCUCCAACAUUCGAAAAAUUAUCGAAUCAAAGAAAAUCCGACGUCAGAAAUCAUUAAAAGACUACCUAUGA